AUGCUACUAGUGGCUCCGGUGGUGGCGGUGCCACCUCAUCAUCUUCAUCAACCGCCAAAACAUUCGUUAGGAGGAGUGUCGUCAUCGUCGUCGUCGCACGGAGGGUGCAACUGCGGCAAGACACAACGAAGUCAACGGUCACACCACACUCACAGCACCAUCAGCAGUACGAUCCGGAAGGAGCUAGCAUCGUACGAGAAUCCACACCAACAGCCUCCGCCACCGGUAACGGUGCGACCGGCCAAACGUAACGCCAGCACGGAAAGUCUCGACCUGCUCAACCGGAGCCCUCCGGAGUGCAGCUGUGCCGUGUAUAGUCCCAACUCGAUCGACGGAAGCAAGUGCCGGAAGUGCAGCCAGAGUCGACAGGCUCUGACCACAUCCGGCCAGCGUGCACAGAAAAAGUACAACUCAUCAAAGUACAAGGACGCUUCCACCUCUCCCAAAUCAAACAGUCCGCUGAGAGUAGUAUCAACAGAACCGAAGAGUCCCCGUAGCCCGAAAAGUCCUCGCGCGGAAGCAUCCACGGAUACAAAGUUUGACUUUCCGUGCUCACCUCGAACCGAGAGCCACUACAAACGGCUGUCCACGUUGAGCAUCAACGCUGGGCAAAAGAACGUGGGCACAAGCCCGAGGAAGCAACCGGUAAGUCCCAACAAGCUUACUCCGGUGAAGAGCGAUCGCGUUCUGGAAAAGUCAAACUCGCUGGGCGAAAGCAAACCCCAGAAGCAACUCCGCACAACGCGAAGUCUUUCGCCGAGACCACCAGUCAAACACCAACACUCGAUCAUGGUAUCCGAUGAGAACGAUAUCGUAUCAGUGAAGCUGUCUCCAAACGAAGAAUUUGACGAGACAAAAGAAAAAGCCAAGGAUGAGGAAGGAAAGACGGCCGUGAAGAAGAAAGCACAGAGCGAAGCCAAUUCGCCAAACCUAUCUGACUGUGGCAGUUUGAAGUUGGAUGACACCGGUUUGAAGAAUACCAAUAACCGAAGCACCAGCUGCUUGGUGUACGUUCCUUCAGAUCCAUGGACGCGUAUGUCGGCCAUAAACUCUCCCAUUCCCACCAAAAAGCAACAGGACCACCACCACAAGGCCAAAAAGCUGGCUAGCAAAUCUUUUAGCAAACCAAAUCUUGAAUACUUUGAAGAUUCGGACCCCUGGGUUUAUCGGUCCAACAUUGUUCUGAGCGAGCAGGCCGUCAAAAAGAAGGGCUCACUGCCACACCAGACCAAAUCUCUCAGCAGUGCCCUCAGUCGAGACGGUGGAUUCGACAACGCACGAGCCCAGCGCUUGUGCCAUCAACGAUCACUGACCAAGUUUGACAAGAACCUGACCAUUCCGGGCAUUGAUCUUCACUUUGACGCCCGCAAGAAAAUCACCCGACCCAAGCUGCAGCGCUCCAAGUCACCCGCGUUCUACGAAGAACUCUUCCAACCGGAGAAAGGAACCACUCCCAGCAAGUCCCUGAACAAAAACAAAUCGGUGUCCUCUCUCAAGAUCGAGAAGAACGCCAGCAACUCGAACCUCAACAACGGUGCCAAAUGUACCUGCCACGAGGGCAACUCGCUCGGUCGACCCAGCAACCACAAUACCAAGUGCUGCGACAACGUUUACAAGUCCUCUACGAGCAUCACUUCGCCCACCAUAAAGAAGCAACAAUCGUCGCCAAAGCUGUGCAUUCCGCAGUCCCCUCCAACCAACGCCAACCAGCCGGAACUGGUCAAAGCCUCGCUCACCGUACUAAACCCGAACCUGUUGCAACCCCGCCACAGUUUUUCCACAACGCCCACCCAGAAAGACGACGAGCUGCAACUCAACAUCCGGCGGUUGAGCGAGCAGAUGAACAAGUACCAUCACCACACUGGUGGCGGCGGCAGCGCUGGUACUGGCUACUUUUCCCAGAAGAAGCAGGCACCGAGUUUCAUGAACGAUACCAUUCCGGCACCUCCGCUGACCAAGAGCAAAAAGUCCAGCAGUGGAGGCGCGGCCGGUGGAAGUGGAGGACUGCUGGUUAGUAGCGGAAGUAGCAACGCGUUGCUGAUUGAACCGGGCCAGAAGCAACGCGCCUCGUCGCACUCGAAGAUAAACGAUCCGCUGAUGGAAACGCGAUGCUAAGGUUUUGAACGGGAAGGGGUUCGAGGAAAGAUUGCGAUUUGGGAACAGAUUUAUUUUGAUCUUGAUAAAUUGUAGAAUUCCUACACCCAAACGAAAGAUUACUGUGACUAUCAUCGCUGAACUGAUUGACAGCUUAUCUGCCAUAUUUUGCACCAGCUGUCUAAUCUGCCCAUAAUUGAAAAAUUCGGAUAUUAUGCCAAAUCAAGUAUUCCGAGAAAAACGCGUUGAAGUGUUUGUCACAAAAUCUCCGUCAAGGCAAUUUCCCAUAAGAGUGGCAUAUUAGCCGUUUGGUUUUUCGCAUCGGCAGCCGAGUCUAAACACUAUUUCAGUGAAAUUCAAGUUCCAGGAGAUGUGUUGGAACAUCCUCUACCGCCUGGUGCUGAUGUCUCGUUUUUGCCAAAAGUGGAUAUUAGCCGUUUUUUCAAUGGUGGACAGUAAAUACGAGGAUAACUGAAUUGUUUCUGUUUGGCAAGAAACAUUCGUUUCAGAUUGAACGGAAAACGUCCUUUCGAAAGGAUUAGAAACUUGCCUUCAAUGACAAAACAUUUCAACCUUGUGAGCACUCACUACAUCUCACUUAAUUUAUCACUUUUGUUCGUAAACUUUAGUUUCAUUUUCUCUAGCGCGAUCUACGUUUGACACAUAAAAACAAAAUGGCCGACAAAAAGUUUUAAAGAACAUCGUGCCUCAUCGACCAAUCAAACUGAUCGUAAACUGCAUGUUUUCAAAUCGCACUCUUUGAAAGAAGCAGCGAAGUCAACGUAAUUUUCCUUUCGAACUUAUGUAAUUUGACUGUUGAAGCAACAUUCUAGAAAAUGGAACACUUUAUAGCAUAGCCACAGCACCGAAACUCAAGUUGGUUAAAAAAAGUAAUAGCUAGUCGAAAUUGUAAUCGAAAAAUUAACUAAAUAACUACCAACACAUUUAGCUAAAGUGAUAAUUGAGUUUCUUCUGAUUUCACAUUGCUUAACUCGUGUAAAUGUAAAACUAGCUAACAUUUGUCUAUACGAUGUUGGUGUUUAGACUAGGCUAGGGGAAAAAUAUACAUAAAACAAAAUUAUCAAAAAAUAUAACUUAAAAUUCGUACACGUAUUGCAAAAAGUUUUCAGCGCACGCCACGUAUAAUAAGCAUAUUUGCAUUUGGAAUCUGUUUUAAUCAUGGAAUGAGGACGCGUCUGAUUAUAAAUAGUGCAAUUCUAAAUAUAACUAAUAAGAUCGGCGGAGAUAAGACGAAUGGACUGUUUGAUUAUUAUCAUUGUUUGCCAAAAUCAGAUUGUAACACACACUUACACACUACAUCCUAGAAUGUAAGUUAUUUUUGUAGUUUAGUCCAGUUUGAAAUUACAUGACACAUUCAAUAAACUGCAGAUAAGACAAUUUACAGGCGUUUUCCGUUCAGAAGCAUUUCAAGUUUAAACUUUUAGAAAAAACAAACAUCAUCAAUCAUCAAGAUUAAUUUUUGGAAUAAAAUAACCCACACGUAAACUGCCAAUGGUUAAACAUAAAAAAGAAAUAAAACAAAAAAACUUAUUUUUAAUCAAUCUAAUUGUAAAAAUAACGUUAAACAUACUUCUUGUAAAUAAAAGAAAAAUAAGACAUGAACAUCCUACUGUAACAUAAAACAAAGAGUAAAAACUUUUCACUUGAAAAAGGAAGAAUACAUUGAAGAAGAAGAUUGCCAUUUCUAGAAUGAGCCAAACCCCUGCUGCAUCAGUGGGCGAGAUGGGAUCCUUGUUUCAAAUAAGAAAUCUCUCGAAUGUUCAUAGGUAAGCGAAAUAGCAUAGGCCAAUGAAGUUGAAAUUUGUUCUGAACGAAAUUCAUAAAAGCAGAAAAUCAUGCAAAGAUCGAGAGGAACAUUAGUUAAAUGCAAAAACGAAUCCAGAAAAUUUAACAGGCUGGUCGAAAUUGAGUUAAAAGGAAUUUUAAAAUGAACUUUAAUUCAUUUCUGUACUUUAAUCAUGGAGAUAAUUAAACACUUGCAUAUAAAUGACUACCAAAUGUGAAUUGAAUUAUACACACAUUAAGACGAACAAACAAGUUGGAAAACGUACAUUACUUGCAAACACUCAAUAUUGUACUUUCACGAAAGAGAAAAAUAUGUGAAAUAAAUCUUUUUUCUUAUACAAAUAUAA